AUGGCACCAGCGGUAGCAGCACCACCAGCACCGGUAGAACCUCCUCCAGCAGCAGGGAGGAGAGAGAGACAGGCCUCAGCUCGUGGCCAAGAUGUGAGCCGCGGCCGAGGCAGAGAUAGAGGCACCCAAGGCCAGAGUAGUCCUUUAGAGCCCAUUUUGAGCAAUGAUGAUGCUGAGACUAGUGACUCCGAUGAGGUAGUGAGUCGGCAUUCUGAGUCAUCCGAGAGUGAAGAUAAUACUGGCUCAGGAUCCGAGAGCGGAGGUGACGCCGAGGCUAGCUCUGAGACUAGAAGCAGAGAUUAUACCGGCUCUGGUUUAGAGUCGAAUUCUGAUAGCGGUGCUGAUGGAGAUAGUGCUCUCGAGGAUAGGGGCAUCCAAGGCCAGAGCAGUCCCUUAGAGCCCAUUUUGAGCGACGAUGAUGCUGAGACUAGUGACUCCGAGAAGGCAGUGAGUCGACAUUCGAAAUUAUCCGAGAGUGGAGAUGAUGAUGCUGGCUCGGGGUCCAAGAGCGGAGGUGAUAUCGAGACGGGCUCUGAGGCAGGGAACGAAGAUGAUACCGGCUCUGGUUCAGAGUCUGAUUCUGACAGCGGUGCUGAUGGAGAUAGUGCUCUCGAGUCUCCUCCGAGGAAGAGGAUGAAGAGGGCCUCUCGAGCUUGGGAUGACCGGCACUGA